AUGUACCUCAACUCUUGCAAUUUAGGACGAGUGAUUUCCCCCGUCAUUACAAAUUUUUCAAAACUUGAGACCUUGUAUCUACGCUGGAACAAUCUCCAAGGAGGUAUACCGUCCUCUUUAGACAGCCUUUCGUCCCUUGCGACUCUGGACCUUAGUUACAACCAGCUAACUGGUCAAAUUCCCCCGUCUUUGUGUGAUGUUUCGGCACUACGCGAACUCCAUCUAAGCCAUAACCAAUUGAAAGGAACAAUUCCAGAUUGCAUUUUAAAGAUGUCCAGUUUAAAAGUUUUGUCACUUUCUUCCAACGGAUUAACAGGUAACAUUUCACUUCAACUUUUCGACAAUCUCAGUCACCUUCAAGAACUGGACCUUUCUGAAAAUCAGUUUCACAUUAACAUCUCUACUAGCUGGGUUCCUCAGUUUGCUUAUCUGGAGCAGCUUCUUUUGGGGUCUUGCAAUAUAGAAGGCAGCUUUCCUCCAUUUUUGUCCCAGCAAUUUCUAUUGAACGUGCUAGAUCCUUCAGAUAACAGAAUUGUAGGAAAUCUACCUUCGUGGCUGUGGUAUCUUCCUAAUCUUAUCUUUCUCAAUCUUUCAAAUAACAUGCUGGAAGGUUCUCUACCCCGGAAGAUAUCUCAUACUUUCAUGACAGUGGACUUGCAUGGAAAUGGAUUAUAUGGCUCUCUUCCUGCUCUUGAUUUUUUUUCAUACUUACUAGAUCUGUCAGAUAAUGAAUUCACGGGCUCCAUUCCUGAAACAAAUGGUAAAUUUUUGUUUCUAUCAUUGUCAGGGAAUAAACUGACUGGAGAAAUUCAAACGUUUGCAUGUACCGAUUCAACUGAAAUUGCAGAUGCAUUGGAGAUUUUUAACUUGUCAAAGAACAAGCUAACAGGUAUCAUUCCUAGAAGCAUUGGGAGCUGUUCCAGAUUAUCAGUUUUAAAUUUAGCUCAAAAUGUUUUGCAAAGAGAGAUUCCGGAGGAGCUGGGAAAUCUGAAGGCUCUUCGAACACUAAAUCUCCGAGUUCUUGACUUAGGAAAUAACAAUUUUGAGGUUAGCCUUCCUAUUUGGAUUGAAAAGCUGGUAGAUUUGAGAAUUCUCAGUUUAGCUUCUAAUAAGUUCGAAGGCAUCAUUCCAUCUCAGCUGGUCAAAUUGCAGAAUCUUCAAAUUCUUGAUUUAUCUGGGAACAAUUUAUCAGGAAAUAUUCCUCGAGAUGUGAGCAAAUUAUAUGCUAUGGUCAAUCAAUCACAAAGUAAUGAUGUACAACAAACGUAUGGUAGUUCUGAUAUUCCAGUGGAAGGCUUUGACCAUCGUCUACAAUAUGCGGAUGAUGUAACUAUUUGGAUAAAGGGAAGGAAUCUAACCUACAAGAAGAUAAUCAGCUCAGCCAAGUUCAUCGAUCUAUCACAUAACAAUCUAUCAGUUAAUAUUCCUCUAGAAGUUGGACUUUUCAAGGGUUUGAUAUCUCUCAACAUAUCAAAAAAUAAUUUAAGUGGCUCAAUCCCAAAAUCUUUUGGAACCCUAGCUCAGCUAGAGUCGUUGGAUCUUUCACAAAAUAGGUUGUCAGGAAAGAUUCCUUCUGAACUCUUAAGUCUCACAUUCCUUGCUGUUCUAAAUCUUUCAAACAACAUGUUGUCGGGGUUAAUACCACAAGGGAAGCAGUUCUCAACCUUUGGGGCUUCUUCCUUUCUAGGAAAUCCCAAUCUUUAUGGACCUCAACUUGAAAACUGCACACGUAAUCUUGGUUUGGGUAACAAGGAGAAGAUUUUUUUUUGA